AUGUUAGCAGGAAGGGCGACCGCAUUGGUCGGUGCAGGCACGCAAGGUCGACGGCUCGCUUACAUGUGGUCGAGUCAGGGCCGAGCUGUUCAUCUUAUUGAUGCCCAGGCAAAACAACUUUCCGAUAGUGUCAAGUACAUUGACCAACUUCGGGCUGCCUCUCAGAAUCCAAGCCAACGAUGGGGCGAGAUUAAAACGUUUACCUCGGACUCGUUACCGGAGGGGUUGAAGGAUACGUGGCUGGUUGUGGAGUGCGUACCGGAGAGGCUGGAGCUCAAGCGACAAAUGAUCACGAAACUCGACGAGCUGGCGGCCCCCGAGACUAUCAUCGCAUCCAACUCGAGCAGUUAUAGCAUUUCCGAAAUCAUUGGUGGCCUGAAAUUGCCCCAUGAGCGACGCAUUCUCAGUGCUCAUUGUUACUGGCCUCCGGAGACUUCUGCUAUCGAACUCAUGGGUCAUGCAAAUACUGAUCCUGAAAUCAUUCCACUCCUCAUGGAGCAAUGUCGGGAUCAUGGCUUCAGUCCAUUCCAUGUGAAGAAAGAUUCCAUGGGCUACAUAUACAACAGGAUUUGGGCCGCAAUUAAACGAGAAGCAUUGCUCACGGCGGCAGAGGGUGUGGCUACUCCGGCGGAGAUUGAUGCCAUUUUCAAAGACGUUCUGAAGACGCCGAAAGGCCCCUUUGAGCAGAUGGACGUGGUUGGGCUCGACGUUGUGCUCAACAUCGAGGAGCAUUAUGCAGAAAAGCGAAAGGAUGUUCCUCCUGAGCCUCGCCAAUAUCUCCAGCAAUUCGUCAAAGACGGCCUUCUCGGUGUCAAAAGCGGGAAAGGGUUUUAUGAGUAUCAAAGCUCGUGA